UUUUUUGUGGUUUUUGGCGCCCCUUCUUUUACUUUCUGAAACUGUGUAGACACCUACAAAAUCUUAGAGAGGAGCCAUGAAGUGGACCUGGGUUUUUGUGACCGUCUUGCUGUCCUUUGGAGGGCUAUCACUGGGCAAGGAUAGCUUGGACUUUCCAGAGUAUGAUGGCAAGGACCGUGUCCACGACCUCAACCUCAAGAACUAUAAGUCUGUGAUGAAGAAGUACGAUGUUAUGGUGGUGUACUACCAUGACCAUCCCGGAUCCAGCCGCGUCGCCCAGAAACAAUUUGAGAUUGAGGAGUUGGCCCUUGAGCUUGUAGCCCAGGUCCUGGAUGAGUUUGAUGAUGAAGAUAUCGGAGUCGGCCUCAUUGAUGCAAAGCUAGACAAAGCUGUUGCAAAGAAAUUAGGCCUUGAAGAGUCCGACAGUGUCUUCAUCUUCUCAGAUGAUGAAGUCAUAGAAUAUGAUGGCGAGUUCGCAGCAGACACUAUUGUGGAGUUCAUCUAUGAUGUUCUUGAGGACCCAGUGGAAAUUAUUGACAAUAGUAGGGAACUGAAAGGCUUUGAAAACGAGGAGGAGGACAUCAAACUGGUGGGCUACUUUAAGAGUCACAAGUCAGAACAUUUCGAGGCUUUUGUCGAUGCUGCUGAAGAGUUCCAUCCUCACAUCAAGUUCUAUGCUACAUUCAGUCCCAAGAUUGCCAAGGCUCUGGAGAUGAAGCUCAAUGAGGUGGACUUCUAUGAACCCUUCCAUGAUGAUCCAGUGGUCAUCCCAGGAAAACCUUACACUGAGGAUGAGCUGGUGAAAUUCAUUGAAGAUAAUGACAGACCAACCUUGAGGAAGCUGCAGCCACACAACAUGUACGAGAUCUGGGAUGACGAUGUUGAUGAUGAACAUAUCAUUGCUUUUGCAGAGGAGUCUGACCCAGAUGGUUAUGAGUUCCUUGAGAUCCUGAAGGAAGUUGCAGAGGAUAACACAGAGCACCCUCACCUCAGCAUUGUCUGGAUUGACCCUGAUGACUUCCCACUGCUUCUGCCACACUGGGAGAAGAUUUUUGGAAUUGACCUGUCCUCCCCACAGAUUGGUGUUGUCGAUACUGAUGAUGCUGACAGCAUUUGGAUGGACAUGGAUGACGGUGAGGACUUGCCAACUGUAGAGGAGCUGGAGGACUGGAUUGAGGAUGCUCUGUCGGGUGAAAUCGAUCCUGAUGAUGAUGAUGAUGAUGAUGAUGAUGAUGACGACGAUGAUGAUGAUGAUGAUGACGACGAUGAUGAUGAUGACGAUGAUGACGACGACGACGAUGAUGAUGAUGAUGAUGAUGAUGAUGACGACGACGACGAUGAUGAUGAUGACGACGACGACGAUGAUGACGAUGAUGACGACGAUGACGAUGAUGACGAUGAUGAUGAUGAUGACGACGAUGAUGACGAUGAUGAUUAUUAAAUCAUUAAGUCAUGAUUUACUAUCUAAGUCUGACCAAUGCAGUUUUAAGAGUCAACAUCAUUAAAUCAUCAGUAACAUCUUCUUUUGUAACUAGUUCUCAUGUUGAACUCGUCAGUCCAUUUUGAUAUCUCAUCUUUUCAUCAUCCUCUCUCUGCAUCUCACCUGAACAAUAUUCCACUCCUCGUUUAUCCCUGUCCCCUACAUAUUCACUAAUCCUCCAUGUAACAAAGAUAAGAACCCACAGUACCUUUAUUCACACAUGUAACACUGUCUGGUACAAUAAAAAAAGAAAUUCUCUAAAAACCUUGUCAUCUACUGCUAUUGAUUUUUAUAUGAUUAAAGUUUUUAUUUUCCAAAGUACUGGAGGGGUUGCAAUAUUGUAUGCAUUAUGUCUGAGUCCAUCUGUGGAGUCUGUUGCAGUCUGAAUGUGUUUUAUCUGUUCACUUAUUUUCUUGUUUGCCCCAGUAUCGAAACAACUGAGGUAAGAUCCAAGGGUGCUAGCAGGCUUUUCUUAUGGGUCUUAAG